AUGUCUCUGAGUCUAGUGAAGCUGAGGGUGCCCCCUGAGGUGAAAGUCUCUGUGUUAGUGGAAGGAAACAUUUCGAUUUACAGGCAGUCGUCAAUCUACAUUCAGGUGAGCACUCUGUCCGGUCUCGAGAUGCAGAUCCAGGUUGGCCCAGUUUUUCAGGCAUACGUUAAUAUCGGAAAUGAUUUCUUCGGCACCAGUACUGGGGGUUACCCUCCCAACAAGUGCCAUCUGCUGGGGGAUGUAACCAGUAUUUUUGGAAGAUGCCAUAGUUUGGUGGACCCUGUGCCAUUUGAAGAGAAAUGUCAGUUUGAAACGUGCAACUAUGAAAGGACACAGGACUUUUUGUGUGCAGCUCUGGGGUCAUACGCUCGUGCAUGUGCAGCAAAAGGACUGAUUUUGAAUGAAUGGAGAAAUACUGUGCAAGGCUGCAAAAUUAUGUGCCCUGAUCGUCAAGUUUUUAGCUACAAUGCCAGAGCAUGUGAUCGGACCUGUGUGUCACUAUCUGACCGAGAUUUUGAAUGCACUGCAAUUGAUGUCCCAGUUGAUGGGUGUAUCUGUCCAACAUAUUCAUAUCUUGAUGUUUAUGCAUGUGCUGUCAAGCUUGCAGCCCUCAAACUUGAAGAUGAAAAAGUGGAAGAUGACACAGGUGGUAUGUACCAGCCCAUGGCCGGUCUCUUGUGUCCGGAACAUCUUGGAAGCAUCUGCUCCUCUUCUUCCGGUGGCAACGGCAUCGGGGCUGCAUCCAUUUUGGACUCUAAGGUUUCCUUGACAAUAGGCGGAGGGGAGCACCUGCAGUUUCUACCAAGCUUUCGGGCUGUUCUGAGCGGCCAGGACUCAUGCUGUGCAAAUGAAACACGCCCAAAUUUUAAGAUUGUGUCUGAAAAUGUUAUUUGUGGCCAAUCAGGAGUGACCUGCUCCAGAGCAAUAAAGAUAUACAUUGGGGAUGUUCUGAUAGAAAUGAGAGAUGCAAUCUACAAGAUAACACCUGAAAAUGCAGCUGACAAAUUCAACAUCCAAAUCAAUCCACUUUAUGUAUCUCUCGAAGUAGUAAUCCCUGGGGGUCACCUACUACAAAUGUUAUGGAACAAGAAUACAAAUACAUUCAUUCGCUUCACCAGAAUGCAACAGCUUUCACUCUGUGGACUAUGUGGAAAUUUCAAUGGUGAUAUAGGAGAUGAUUUUAUAACUCGCAGCCAAUACUUGGCCUCCAAUGCAUUAGAAUUUGCAAAUACUUGGAAGGAAGAGCCUUUAUGUCAAGAUGUGACUGAAAUUUUGCGUCCGUGUGAGCUAAAUCCAUAUCGUUUGGCCUGGGCAGAGAAACAAUGUCAUAUAAUUCACAGCAAUGUCUUUGAACCAUGUCACAAUCUGGUUUAUCGAGUUCCAUAUUAUGAAAGCUGUGUACAAACUACAUGUGGUUGCGACAUUUUUGGAGACUGUGACUGUCUAUGUGGUGCUGUUGCUGUCUAUGCAAAAGCCUGCUUAGAUGCUGGAGUCUGUAUCAACUGGAGAAGCCUUGACUUCUGCGCUGUGUACUGUGACUACUACAACACCCAUCCUCCAAGAAAUAAUCAGUCAGAGUUUACUGAGAAUGGCGAUUAUCCAAGUCAUUAUCAACCUUGUUCAUGUCCUGAUAACUUGUGGGCCUUUCCAAUGAAUAAUAUGGAAGGUCUGAACAUUAACAUACACAUCAAUAAUCUUGACUUCAGGUUUCUAACUACUGUUCAACUGUGCAUUAUUUGUGUCUCGCUGCAGGUUGCUACAGAUGUGCAACGAAUGAGUAUUAUGAUGACAACUUGCAAUCAUGCGUAUCCUGUGCCCUUCGCGGACUCGCAGCUACAGCAAGAGACUACGGACAAGAGCCAGUCAAAAUCAUGUUUUCACACCAGGGGUGAGCCUCAGGUCAUCGAGACUCUAACCCAGCUUGGCUAG